AACAGCUGUUCUUGCGAAUUGAAAUCAACUUGCCGCUUUUUAAAGAAAAACACGCUGAAAAUGAUGCAACAAGGCAAAAACUUUCUGAAGCCGCUGCUCAAUGGGCUUCGUGGAAUGGCGGCACGCGGUGCCUCGUCUGCAGCACCCGCGAAAAUUGAAAAAACUGUGAAUACUGUAACUAUUUUGGGACGUGUGGGUGCCGAUCCGCAGUUGCGCGGUUCCCAGGAGCACCCAGUUGUUACAUUCUCAGUGGCAACACACACCAACUAUAAAUAUGAGAAUGGGGACUGGUCACAGCGUACCGACUGGCAUCGUGUAGUUGUAUUCAAGCCGAACUUGCGUGAAUCUGUUCUCGAGUACUUGAAGAAGGGUCAACGCACUCUGGUGCAGGGCAAGAUAACAUAUGGCGAAAUCACUGAUCAGCAGGGCAACCAAAAAACUAGCACUAGCAUUAUAGCAGAUGAUGUGCUGUUUUUCCGCGAUGCCAACAACUAGUUAAACAAAAUAUCCUGAAAAGAA